AUGAUCUCAGCUGACCUAAACCAGGAUGGAUAUGAUGAUCUAGUGGUUGGAGCACCAGGGUACAGCACACUGGGCCGUGUUCAGAUAGGACGGGUAUAUGUGGUCCAUGGCAACCAGUCAGGUUUGCCACCAGAGGACAUGGAUUUAGAUGGGAAAGCUGACCAAGUACUACAGGGUCAUCAGCCUUCAGGAAGACUUGGUUCUGCCUUGGCAGUCUUGGACUUCAGUGAGGAUGGAGUACUAGAUCUGGCAAUUGGAGCACCUUCUGUGGGAUCUCUCUUUCUUACUUACAAAGGUGCUGUGUAUGUCUAUUUUGGUACUGAGGGAAGAGGCUUGGCAUCUCAACCAAAUGUUACCAUAACUUGUCAGUAUUCCUACUGUAAUCUUGGCUGGUCCCUCCUAGCAGCUGAUGUGGACAGGAAUGGAAAAACUGAUCUGGUUGUGGGCUCGCCAUAUGCACCUGGUGGUGGGCAGCAGAGAGGAUUUGUGGUUGCAUUUUACUCUUAUUUCAACAGGAGUGACCAAGGACUUCUGUCAGUAGAAGAUGCCGACUGGCUGGUGAAGGGGGAAGAAGACUAUGCUUGGUUUGGAUUUUCACUUGACAGUUGCCAGUUGGAGAACAUAACACUGCUGCUGAUUGGUAGCCCUACAUGGAAAAAUUUUGCAUUGUAAUUCAAGCUGCCAUCUCUUCUCAGAUGUCAGAGUGUUGGGAAGGCGUAUGGGUAUAACCCACCAAGCACAAAGAACUGUUUUGCAGUAACUGGAGACAAGGCGAAUGGCAGAAUGGGUUUGUCUUUGGCCAGUGGUGUGAUGUCUGUGGCUGGGAUCACAAGGACAGUUUUGGUGGUGGGUGCACCUGCUGCAG